ACACCUCCUCCUUCCUCCACCCACCAGAGCUUGCGAAUAAUCCACCGCAAUAAACAAAUAAACCCACCUCCAUCCGCGCAAUCUCUCAAUCUUCCACAGGCAUCAAUGGCGGGCGCAAGGAACAACGAGCUGCGCAUGACCCUGCUCGGCCUGGCCCUGCUGGGGCUCUUGCUGCUGAGCCACACCGCGGCGCCGGUGGAAGCCGCCGCGGGCGUGCAGGAGAACAUCUUCUCCGUGAACAGCGUCGGCGGCCGCAGUCUCAAAAGCUUCAGCAUGAACACCGCCGAGAGCGGCGAGGUCGCCAAGGGGGGGGAUGCCAAACCCGCCGCCGGCGACUUCUGAUCGACGACCCUCCAUCCGCCGUUGUCGAGUAUUAGUUAAAUAAUGAGUGAAUUCCAUUUUUUAUCUUGUAGUUGUACAUUUGUGACACAUAUUACCCUAUUUACUGGAACUUUUAUCGAAAUGUCAGAUUUUGGAGACUUUUAA